CCCGCACGCACGCAGACGCAAGGCGCCCCGGAAGUAGCCGAAGUGAAAUCGAUCUGGGGCAGGCAUUGACAGGUCUCGGCUUUGGGGCAUGAGGUGUAAACGUGUCGGCGCAAGAGCGCAGGACUCAUGGCCUUCUCAUCUGCUAAUAGGCCUCAGCUUAUCCGCAGCAGCCAGAAGGAUGAACAGUUCCAGGGCAGCUUGAGGGGCCAGGCUCAUGAGGUGUGCCAGGCAUUUGCGGGUGCCAAGAAAUGGCUGCAGUGGAGAAAGGAAAUCGAGUUAUUCUCUGAUCUUGCAUACUAUUGUCUAACAACUUUUUCAGGUUACCAAACACUGGGAGAAGAGUAUGUCAAUAUUGUCCAGGUUGAUUCAUCUAAGAGAAAAGUUCCAACCUUGUUUCAGCGUGCAGCCCUUAUCUGUUGCCAUACGUUGCUACCUUACUUUUUGGACAAGGAGUUAGUGCGCUUGGAACACGAACUUCAGAUAGAAACAGAUGGAGUAAGAUUGUCACACAGUGGUUUGUCGUCAGGAUCACAUCGAAGGUCAUGGAUGUGGAAAUGGGUGCAUCGAAAAAUCGCUGCCUUAUCGGAACAGCAAAAAAAGACUUUGGUUAAGGCUGUCUAUAUCUUCAGACAGAGUAUUGCUUUCUUGAGAAGGCUGCAUCUUGCUACAUUCUAUAUAAAAGGAGCAUUCUAUCAUCUCGCCAAACGUUUCACAGGAAUCAAUUAUCUCCGUGUCCGAAGGUCCAUUGGAGAUGAUCAGCUUGUGAACAGAAGUUACACUUUGCUUGGCGCAAUCUCAUUGCUUCAUCUCAUGCUGCUUCUUUGGGUUCAGUUUAAUAGUUUUCAACAGAGGCAGGAGGCCCAGCAGAAAUGGAAAGUGCUUCGCCGUAUGUCCUACCAGAGAGCACCACCACAUGAGAAAUCAUAUAAGCGCCGUGCAAAGUGCACAUUGUGUCUAGAAGUGCGCAGACACUGUACAGCCACACCAUGUGGCCAUCUCUUCUGCUGGGAGUGCAUCACGGAAUGGUGUAACACCAAGGUGGAAUGCCCUCUCUGCCGAGAAAAAUUUAGUGCACAGAAACUGGUCUAUUUACGUCACUACCGAUGAACUUCAGAAAUAUCUUCUGGACCUCAAGUUUUCUUUUCAGUAAGAGGAGUCUUCCAGUACAGCUGCUUUGCUUUUCUUAUUUAGCUGAAAAUUCAAACUGUUAACAUUUCUGUUGUAGUACAACUACUCCAUACCAAGUUGUCGUCACAACUAUAACUAAAACUGUCUUCCUCAAGUGUGCCAUAAAGUUAACAAAGGACUACCUGAAAUCUGAUUGCAUAUCUAGUGAAGCAAAGUAUUGACAUGUGUACGGCAUGUUGUAAGCCUAUAUACAUAUACCUGUAUAUUGGAGAAGACUAAGGAAAGUAAUGGAAGGAUCAUGCUGAAUGCUUGUUUUUUUUCUCUGUGUAUUCGUGAGAAAAUAUUUUGUAACAUUGUUGCCAGCUGUAGUCGUGAGCAUUUUAGAAGACUGUGCAUACUAAAUGGAAUCUUCUUUAGAGGACAAGUCUGUGAAACAAAAGAUGGUUUGGGCCUGUCCACAUGAAGUGCCUUCUGAAAUGCUGGAGCAUAAUUUACCAAUCAAUUCCCCAGAGCCGUGGAAAGCCUUAUGGGAGCCUUAAUGCCAUUUUCAAAGCCUCCAUCAGACUUCUAUUCUCUAUUGCAGGGUCAGUGAUCAUCAUCUGUGAUUGUCCACACGUCCUGUAAUCCAUCAAGUCUUGGCCUGUGCAUGCUCCAAGCCUAAAUUCAUUGUGGUUAGGUGAGAAUAUAAGAGUCCAUUGACAUUAAUCUAGUCUCAAGUGUGCAUUUUUACAUUUUUUGAAGUGAUUAACACCAGUAACAUGGUGUUAUAGUUAUAGUUCAGCUAAACUGACAACUGCAAUGAAACUCAGAUCAGAAAACAGCUGUGAUUGACUUGUCUACCCUCAGUGCUAAAAUACAAAGAUUUAUGGCUAAAAAUCCAUGCUUGGGGAUGGGGCAACUGAAACACUCAUUAACCUAAAUUUCUGUCAUUUCUCACGAUUUUGAAUGCUUGCUGGGAAGUUACAGGCUCCACUUUUUACUUUACGGACA